ACGAAAUAUAAUUAAUUUUUAUGUUCCGAAAAAAAAGAGGAAGAAAAAUUGAGGUUAUAAAUUUAUAAAUCAAAAAUAUAUUUUCGAAAUCAACUUUUUAAACGAUGUUACGAAGAUUUACCGUUAGAAUUACCAAAUCUCUGAGCGAUUAUGCGAUAAAAAAGCAAUUUUCGACGAUUUCAUCGAACUAUUUCCACCGAAAUUCAACCAAUCACCAAAAAAACGCAAUUCAAACGCAAUUCGUCAGGAACUACGCCAAAGGAAAAGACAAGAAAAAGGAAAAAGGCAAGGCUAAAAUAGUAGUAAACGAUGGUCAAUUAAUGGAGCAUGUGAGCCUAGAAUCGAUGAGAAAACAAAUGGAAAGGGCGACGGAACAAUUGAAAUUGGAUUUUACGAAGAAUUUAACCGUUCGAUCUACGACUGGUUCCAUCGAAUCGAUUCUCGUCCCAUUCGACGAUCAGGAACACACCCUCCAAGAACUCGCCCAAAUAUCCAGGAAAAAUCCCAAAACUGUAAUAAUAAACAUGUCUUUGUUUCCUCAAGCGAUCCCUUCGGUUUUGAAAGCCAUCGAAAAGUCCGGACUGAAUUUGAAUCCCCAACAGGACGGGACGACUUUGUACAUACCGAUACCCAAAGUCACGAAAGAACAUCGAGAAGCCCUCACGAAAAACGCCAAACAAUUCUUCGUGAAAUGCAAAGAUAACAUCAGAGAUGUGCAAAUAAAAUACGCGAAACAAAUAAAAAAUAAAUCUAGCAUAUCCCAAGAUGAUGCUAGAAAUAUGGAGGCCCAAUUAGUUGCUAUAGCAAAUGAAUAUAUCGAUAGAGGGGAGAAAAUGUACGAGAGAAAAUGCGAAGAAUUGAUUGGGAAAGAUUGAUUUUUUU